UGUAAAUAGUUAAAGUAAUAACUGCUCCCCAGUCACAACCGGAAGCACAUGGUGAAAAAUUGCACAAACGUAAACACGAACGCAACAUGAGUGAAAAUGAAAAUAUGGAUGAAGCAGAGGGAGAAACAGGACAGCGGAUCCUUGCUCAGUUUAAGAGUGAGACCGGUGAAGUGGCAGGCAGCUCUUUUGAUUUACCUGUAGAUAUCACACCUGAGAAGUUACAACUCAUCUGCAAUGCAAUCCUCAAUAAUACAGAAACGGUGCCCUAUUCUUUUUUCGUAAAUGAAAGUGAGAUUACGACAUCACUGUCCAGCAGCCUCGACAAGGAAGCCCUAGAGAACACGGAGAAGGUGCUGGACAUUGUGUAUCAGCCUCAGGCUAUCUUCAGAGUCCGAGCGGUCACUCGCUGUACUAGCACCAUCGCUGGACAUGCAGAGGCGGUCAUCGCUGUGUCCUUCAGUCCUGAUGGCAGAUAUCUAGCCAGUGGAUCAGGGGAUACAACUGUCAGAUUCUGGGAUGUCAACACAGAAACCCCACAGUACACCUGUAAAGGACAUAAGCACUGGGUGUUGUGUAUAGCAUGGUCACCAGGUGGUAACAAACUGGCCUCUGGCUGUAAGAACAGUCAGGUAUGUCUGUGGGACCCAGGUACUGGACAACAGCUGGGACACACACUAGUAGGACACAAGCAGUGGAUCACCUGGUUGUCAUGGAAACCUUUACAUCUGGAUCCAGAAAGUCGUUUCCUAGCAAGUUCUUCAAAGGAUGGGACAAUCAAGAUCUGGGAUACAGUGUUGUUCCAGUGUACACUUACCCUGUCUGGUCAUCUACAGUCUAUAACCUGUGUCAAGUGGGGUGGAACAGACCUCCUGUACACCUCAUCACAGGACAGAACCCUCAAGGUGUGGAGGGGAGACAAUGGAGUGUUGUGUCGGACUUUACAAGGUCAUGGUCACUGGGUCAACACGAUGACCUUGAGUACAGACUAUGUUAUGAGAACGGGGGCGUUUGACCCUGCUGAUGCCCAGCUGGUACACAAAGACAUCCUGGACUCGAAUGAAUUGUUAGCAAAGAAGGCAAAGGAGAGAUAUGACUCAGCAAAGGGCUCUGGACCUGAGCGACUUGUAUCGGGCUCGGAUGACUUCACACUGUAUCUAUGGAAACCCGAGGAGGAUAAGAAACCAAUUGCACGUAUGACUGGUCACCAGCAACUCAUCAAUGAUGUCCAGUUCUCACCGGACACUCGCCUUAUUGCCAGCGCAUCCUUCGACAAAUCUGUAAAAUUAUGGGAUGGCCGGACUGGAAAAUUCCUGGCGACCUUCCGUGGACAUGUCAAUCGUGUAUAUACACUGGGCUGGUCAGCUGACAGUCGACUUAUCUGCAGUGGCAGUUCCGAUUCCACCAUUAAAGUAUUUGAUGUAAAGACAAGAAAACUACUGUUUGAUUUACCGGGACAUGCAGACGAGGUAUACUCGAUAGACUGGAGUCCAGAUGGACAGAGAGUAGCAAGUGGGGGCAAGGACAAAGUGCUCAAAAUAUGGAGGAAAUGAGGAAUGAAUCAUCGAGGAAGCUGGCUAAUACAACCCAGGGGAGGAACAAGCUAAAGAACCAUACAUUUAAAGUCUAGCUGUAUCCUCACUUCUGUAACAUCAUGCAAUAUAAUGGUUCAUAUAAAGACAUACAAUAGA